AAUUGAAAAAAUCGUGUUAGUUUACGAGAAAUGUUCAUUCCUUUUGUGUUCUUGUGCUUAUUUACAUGGAAAGCCACGGGAACCAGCAGUGAUUGUAGGCUAAGAAGCGUGCACGUCCGGCAAGAUGGCGGACUGUGCUUCGAGGUCCUGCCUUGGCAGCUGCAGCCUGUUGACCUUGACAACCAUUUGAACUAUAUGCGAGAGAAGCUGAGGACCAGGUCCCCAAAGGAUUAUAGGAAGGUGUCUCCUCGUCAGGCGCUGGUGAAUAGCGAAGUGUCAAGAUACGUCGACACAGUCUUGGCACCAUUCCUGGACGCAUACCACCGGAACAUCCAAACCUCGUACCAACAGUUCACAGCCAAGCUGCUGAGGAGGAUUAAAGACGAGAUUAACCAAGCGGUGCAGAAAAACAGAAGUUAUACGAUGUGCUUAUCCAGCUGGCUGAUGAAUUAAAAGUGCCUGCAUCUUGUGACGAGGAGCGUCGCGCUGCACGCACACUGGCCAGUCAGCAUGUCUCUGACAUCCACAAGUGUGUGGAGGCAGCCAGAGACGGCAUCGCUAAGAUGGGCGUUUACGCUGAUGAGAUGAUCCAAAUCACUAGACAGCAUAUGCAGGCCCAGGUUACUGAUGCAACCAAGUCGUUUAAUGAAGGGACCGUGGCUAUACCAAAAGGUGACGUCCCAGCCUGCAUGCAAGAGCUGUCCCGUGCAGCAGCCAACCUUGGGUACGAGUUGGAUCUCACCCUGACGAACGCUCGUCGCUUCAAUGAGCAAGCGUGCGAACAGCUUUCCACUUGUACUACGCAUGCGCGCCGCGCGUCCGAUGACGCGACUGCUAAAUUGAAAGAACAACUGUACCAGUGUGUGUACGCCUAAUGUAAGAGCGGAGCGGGCGAGCGCGCAAUCUAUGCAGCGUGGACUCAGGACACUUGUCAGAUGUUCAAUUGUUUGA